GCACACGCUUAUUAACAUAUUCAUAAGAGCGCGGGGCGUGUGCUCUGUUUUCCAUAAGACUAGGCAGUAUAGGGUAAUAUAUCUGUUUAGAUGUACAGGGUCCUCAAUGGAAAGGAAAGGAAUGAUGACUGCAACUGGAACAGCAGCGUCUAACAGGAGGCAAACUAAAGUCGGCUCCAAAACAGAGGGAGCAGGAAAACAAAACCAGGGGCGAUGGGGCAGGGCCUGGGAAGUGGACUGGUUCUCACUCAUCAGCGUCAUUCUGCUCCUCUCUCUGGCUCCCUUCAUCGUCUUCUUCUUCAUCAUGGCCUGUGACCAAUACCAGUGUUCUGUCACCCAGCCCCUGCUGGACCUCUACAGUGGAGAGGCUACGCUCCGGUCAAUUUGGAAACUCACCCCCGCUUUCAGUUGGACUGCUGCCAAGAUAUAUGCUGCUUGGGUCUCCUUUCAGGUCGUCCUGUUCAUGUGUGUUCCUGACAUUAUUCACAAGUUACUGCCUGUCUACGUUGGUGGCAUUCAGGGUGGGGCGCGCACUCCAGCAGGUUACAUAAACAAGUAUGAAAUCAAUGGCCUGCAGUCAUGGAUCAUUACCCACAUCCUGUGGUUUGCUAAUGUCUAUCAUUUCCAUUGGUUUUCCCCUACCAUCAUUAUUGACAACUGGAUCCCCUUGCUUUGGUGUGCCAAUAUUCUGGGGUAUACUGUUGCUACUCUGGCCUUUGUCAAGGCCUAUCUCUUUCCAACCGAUGCGGAAGAUUGCAAAUUCACAGGAAAUUUCUUUUAUGACUACAUGAUGGGAAUUGAAUUUAACCCCCGUAUCGGAAAAUGGUUUGACUUCAAGCUAUUUUUCAAUGGGCGACCUGGGAUCGUGGCCUGGACGCUCAUUAACUUAUCUUACGCUGCCAAACAGCAGGAACUCUACGGCCAAGUCACAAACUCCAUGGUAUUAGUCAACGUGCUCCAGGCAGUUUAUGUCUUGGACUUUUUCUGGAAUGAGGCCUGGUAUUUAAAGACCAUUGACAUCUGUCACGACCACUUCGGCUGGUAUCUGGGUUGGGGAGACUGUGUGUGGCUGCCCUUCUUGUAUACCUUGCAGGGCCUGUAUUUGGUAUACCACCCAGUGCAGUUGUCCACCAUCCAUGCCAGCGGGGUCCUCCUUCUGGGGCUGCUUGGCUACUACUUGUUCCGCACCGCCAACCACCAGAAGGAUCUCUUUCGGCGUACUGAAGGCAAAUGCACCAUCUGGGGGCGCAAGCCGGCGUACAUAGAGUGCGCCUACAGCUCAGCAGAUGGUCAGAAGCACCACAGCAAGCUGCUGAUCUCUGGCUUCUGGGGGGUGACACGCCACCUCAACUAUACGGGCGACCUCCUGGGCUCGUUGGCUUACUGCCUGGCCUGUGGGGCCGGCUACCUACUGCCCUACUUUUACAUCGUUUACAUGACCAUCCUUUUAGUGCACCGGUGUAUUCGUGAUGAACACCGUUGCCACAACAAGUAUGGCAAGGACUGGAUACGAUACACCAAUGCCGUGCCUUACAGACUACUGCCUGGAAUCUUCUAAGUUGAUUCAAGAGAAGAAAUUUAAAAUGUACGUCUCUCUCUAGGUUUCUGCGAAGGUCCGUUUGUAUGAAUGGGUGUGUGUGUCACGUUAUCAAUGUGUACUUCUAUGUAAUGUUGCAGAAGGAUGAUUUUUUUUAAAGAAUUGAAAUAAAGUGAUUGGCUAAAAUCUGAAUAUCUUUUUAGAAACAAUGUUUGUUUUAUUUUUUAUGUUAUGUUACUUGUACACAAUUUUUAGCAAUAAAAGCAAUGGUUCUUUACAUUUAUACUAAUGCCAGCUUUGGGAAAUUCAGUGCAAGUCAUUCAGUGGUUAUAAUAUAAAUACUUAAUUAAAUGUAUAUUUUACUCA